CGAGCCCAUUCCCCCCGCCGCUUCCCUGUUCUACCAUCUUCCCUCUUUCAACUCCUCCUUCGCUUUCCUCCCACAAAUUUGGGAACGAGAACCGAUUGAUUAUCCGAAGAAGGGGCAAAAAAAAAGAAAUCGGAAUAAAAUUACUGUAGCAGUGAAGAUGUCGGAGAAAUUCUCUCCGGCGCUGCGAAUCACGGAUCUCAAUGAUUUCAUCGCUCCCUCGCAGGACUGCAUCGUCUCCUUGAAGAAGCUCAAGCCCAGGGCUGAUAAAUCCUCAUCUGAGAAUCAAGACAAGUCUUUCCUCGGAAUCAAGGAGUCGGACACAGAUGCAGUAAAAAUUUCGCUGAAGGAUUGCUUGGCCUGCAGUGGCUGCAUAACUUCAGCUGAAACAGUUAUGCUUGAGAAGCAAAGCUUGGAUGAGCUCAUAUCUCAUAUCAAUUCAGACAAGCAUGUUAUUGUAUCGCUAUCUCCUCAAUCAAGAGCUUCCUUAGCUGCUUACUUCGAUCUCACUCCAGUUCAGGUCUUCAGGAAACUUACAGGAUUUUUCAAAUCUCUGGGAGUGAAAGCCGUGUAUGAUACAAGUUCUAGUCGGGAUUUAUCCCUCAUUGAGUGUUGUAAUGAAUUUAUUUCCCGGUACAAUCAGCAUAAUCUGAGUACUGGCAAAGAAUAUGGAUCAACUAUUCCAAUGAUUUCAUCUGCCUGUCCAGGCUGGAUUUGCUAUGCAGAAAAGACGCUUGGAUCAUAUAUUUUGCCAUAUAUAUCUUCCGUGAAGAGCCCCCAGCAAUCCAUUGGAGCAGCCAUUAAGCACCAUAUUGUCCAAAAAAUGGGUGUCCCGGCACACCAAGUCUAUCAUGUGACUGUGAUGCCUUGUUAUGAUAAAAAGCUUGAGGCCGUUAGGGAUGAUUUUGUAUUUUCAAUGGGCCGUGAAGAAGAAAAUGGUAAUGAUGACAUGGGCAAAAAGCUUGCAGAGGUAGAUUCGGUAUUGACAACUGGAGAAGUACUGGACUUGAUACAGUCAAAGUUAGCUGAUUUUAAGAUCCUGGAAGAAGCUACUCUGGAUAGACUGUUAACUAAUGUUGAUGAAGAAGGGCAUCUUUAUGGGGUGUCUGGUGGAUCUGGAGGUUAUGCAGAAACAGUUUUUCGUCAUGCUGCUAAAGUACUCUUCGAUAAAGAAAUUGAAGGCCCACUCAACUUUAAAACAAUCAGGAAUUCUGAUUUUCGCGAAGUGACUUUAGAAGUUGAAGGUAAAAUAGUUUUAAGGUUUGCUUUAUGUUAUGGCUUCCGGAACCUGCAGAAUGUUGUAAGGAAGAUCAAGAUUGGGAAAUGUGAUUAUCAUUUUAUUGAGGUUAUGGCAUGUCCUUCAGGCUGUCUGAAUGGAGGAGGGCAAAUCAAACCAAAGACGGGUCAGUCUGCCAAAGAUGUUCUUCAGUUAUUAGAAAAUGUAUAUAUGCAAGAUGUAAGAGUUGCUGAGCCCAUCGAAAAUCCUGUCGUCAAAGGCUUAUACGACGAGUGGCUCGGGCAGCCUGGUUCAGAGACAGCAAGAAAGUUCAUGCACACAGAGUACCAUCCGAUGGUGAAGAGUAUUGCUUCGCAACUACACAAUUGGUGAGCAAAAAAGGCGACUCUCAUUAACAAGGAGCAAGUUCUCCGGAUCAUAGCUCCGCAAGCAAAUUAUUAUACACGGUCCAAGUUCCUUGUGGCACGGAGUGUAAACUGAUUUUGUAGGCAAGGCAUAGGUACAAUACUGUGUUAUUUUAUUUUCUUCUUUAUUUUCUGUAUAAUUUAUAUUACAUUGUGUAACAAAGGUUUUCUCAUGUAAAAAUAAGAGGCUAGGCUAUUCUACCUUUUUUCCUUUUAUUUACGAAAAUGAGACUGGUUUUUUC